CCGCCUUUACCUUUUGCCGCGUUUUGUGUAUUGUAAUUUCGUCGAUAAUAACACAUGUCCUAUUUAUUUUUACAUACUUGUCGUUCGGAGAGUUGUUUACGCAAUCUUCUGGAACAAUAUUCUUGUUAAACUAAUCGAAUAAGAAUCUUGGAUAAUUAUUCAGGAUGGAUUUUCUCGAGUAUCCGGACAUCUUCGCCGAGGUUAAGGGCGCAAUGACGCCAGGUAGGUUGAAGUUGACUGAUCAGCACUUGAUCUUCAAGAAUCAGAAGACUGGGAAAGUUGAACAGAUCUCAGCUUCUGAUAUGGAGAUGGUAAAUUACCAAAAAUUCAUUGGAACCUGGGGUCUCCGUAUCUUUCUAAAAAAUGGUACUUUGCAUCGCUUCAAAGGCUUCAAAGAAUCUGAACAGGAAAAGAUCGCCAAGUUCUUUUCUGCUAAUUACAAGAAAGAUAUGUUAGAAAAGGAAUUGAGUUUAAAAGGCUGGAAUUGGGGUACUGCAAGGUUUAACGGAUCUGUCUUGAGCUUUGAUGUUGGUCAUCAUACUGCUUUCGAGAUACCUCUGUAUGAUGUAUCACAGUGUAAUACAGGAAAGAAUGAGGUAACAUUGGAAUUUCAUCAAAAUGAUGACGCUCCGGUCAGCCUGAUGGAAAUGAGAUUUCACAUUCCCAUUAGUGACAGUGUUGAUCAAGAUCCCGUUGAGGCAUUCCAUCAACAGGUGAUGGAUAAAGCAUCAGUGAUCAGUGUAAGCGGCGACGCAAUUGCCAUAUUCAGAGAAAUUCACUGUUUAACGCCACGUGGUCGUUAUGACAUUAAGAUCUUCCAGACCUUCUUUCAACUGCACGGCAAAACUUUCGACUACAAAAUACCUAUGUCCACUGUAUUGAGACUCUUCUUACUUCCGCACAAGGAUAAUCGUCAAAUGUUCUUUGUCGUGAGCUUGGAUCCUCCUAUAAAACAAGGCCAAACACGAUAUCAUUAUCUAGUACUCCUGUUCAAUCAGGAAGAAGAGACUUCUAUCGAGUUACCAUUUACCGAAAAGGAAUUAAAGGAAAAGUACGAAGGUAAACUGACUAAAGAAUUAUCAGGACCUACAUUCGAAGUACUGGGCAAGGUGAUGAAGGUAAUUAUCAAUCGAAAGUUAACUGGUCCCGGACAUUUCACUGGUCAUACCGGGACACCUGCUAUUAGCUGUUCUUUUAAAGCUGCGGCAGGAUAUCUAUAUCCACUCGAGCGAGGUUUUAUUUAUGUACACAAACCUCCAAUACAUAUUCGUUUCGAAGAGAUAGCUUCAUUGAACUUUGCGCGCGGCGGCGGAUCGACUAGGUCUUUUGACUUUGAGAUCGAGCUUACGAGCGGUGUGGUACACACGUUUAGUAGCAUUGAAAAAGAAGAAUAUGGUAAAUGAAAGAGUGACAAGCCCAAAUACGACCAAGACUUUGGUGACAGCGAUCAAGAGGACGAACCGGACGCUUACUUGGCACGAGUCAAGGCAGAGGCGCAGGAACGCGAUGGUGAGGCGAAUCAAGAUGACUCCGAGGAAGGCUCGACCGAUGAGGACUUCAAUCCGAAUCAAGAUGUAAGCGAUGUCGCCGAGGAAUACGACAGCAAUCCCAAUAGCUCUGAGAGUGAGGAUUCAGAUGCCUCUUCGGCUAGUCAUAAAAAGGAGAAGAAAGACAAGAAAGAAAAGAAAUCUAAAUCAGCAAAAACUAUAUCGGAGAAGCCGCGAAAACAGAGGAAAUCGAAGAAAGAGAGAGACGCGAACAAGCCAAAGAGACCUCCAUCAGCGUUCAUGUUGUGGCUGAAUAGUGCACGCGAUAGUAUCAAGGCGGACAAUCCAGGACUGUCUAUAACGGAAAUCGCGAAAAAGGGAGGUGAGAUGUGGCGAGAGCUCAAAGACAAGUCUGAAUGGGAAGCGAAGGCAGCCAAGGCUAAAAAAGAUUAUACGGCGUCGAUGAAAGAUUAUCAAGCGAGCGGAGGUGGAGGCGGAGGCGGAGGCAGUAAAGAAAAAAUUAAAGAAAAGAAGACAGAGAAAAAGAAGGAAACGAAAAAAGACUCGCCCAGUAAGCAAAUGUCUGGUUCCGGUUUUAAGAGCAAAGAGUAUAUUAGUGAUGACGAUAGUAGCAGCGAUGAGAGUAAGAAAUCUGUAAAGGAAAACUCUGAUAAUGAAAGCGAGGAGGAGAAAAACAAGAAGAAAAAAGUUGAGAAGAGGCCAAUGGAAGAUACUGGAAAAAAACCAACGAAAAAGACGAAACAAGAUCAGUCGGAUGAAAGCGAUGAGGAGGAACCUAUAGAGAGUACUCCAUCUUCGUCUGAAGAUGAUUCUAAAAGUGAUUAAUAAAUGCUACAGAACUCAAACAGAUAUUUUUGUCAUUAGUUUACACGUACCAGUUAUCGAAAUGAAUGUGUACAUCUUCCCACUAUUAAAAUUAUUAUAU